AUGCCCACUCAACUCGACGACCCCAAGGAAUACCAGAACAUCUUCCAUUGGGCCGAAACACAGAAAGAUGGCUCUAUUCCAUCCUUUGGCACAAGGAAGAAUGAUCCAUACGAGUAUCAAUCUGGGUUUGGAAACAGCUUCGAAUCAGAGGCAGUACCAGGUACUAUCCCAAAAGGACAAAACAAUCCUCGAUGUGUGAGAUGGGGACUCUACGCGGAGCAGAUGACUGCGUCUGCCUUUGUUGCGCCCAGGCACCAAAACAAGAAGGCAUGGCUCUACCGGGCAAGACCUGCUGUUGCACACCAAGGAUUUACCGAUCUUCCAGACAAUGAAGACACAGAGUCGAACUUCCUCCCACUCAACAAACGCGUGCAUCUUUCACCUACACAGCUUGCUUGGCUUCCAUUCGACAUCCCCAAAGAUGGCAAUGUUGACUUCAUCUCUGGGCUCAAGACUGUUGCAGGGUCAGGCGACCCCACGUUACGUGAAGGUCUUGCAGUGCACACCUAUCUAGCCAAUGCGAGCAUGAACCGCAGAGCUGCUGUAAACUCGGACGGCGACUUUCUUAUCGUACCCCAACAGGGAGCCUUGGACAUACUGACUGAGUUUGGACCCCUCUAUGUCCAGCCAGGAGAGAUUUGCGUAAUCCAGAGAGGACAGCGAUUCAGGGUCAAGGUUGAAGGACCCACCAGAGGCUACAUCCUAGAAAUCUGGGGCUCCAACUUCCAGCUUCCCGAGUUGGGACCACUUGGGGCUAACGGCUUAGCCAACGCUCGAGACUUCUUGCAUCCUGUUGCAAAGUACGAGAUUGAGCAUGAGCCAUGGGAGAUUGUGUACAAGCUUGGUGGCAAGUUCUUCAAGAGCAAGCAAGAGCACUCGCCGUUUGACGUUGUAGCGUGGCAUGGUAAUUACGUGCCAUACAAGUACGACUUGACCAAGUUUGUGAACGUGGGAUCGAUUUCUGUCGAUCAUAUCGACCCGUCCAUCUUCUGCGUUAUGACGGCGCCUUCGCGCGACCCAGCGGCGCCACUGGCGGACUUUUUGAUUUUCAGCCCGAGAUGGGAUGUUGCUUCUCACACCUACCGUCCUCCCUACUACCACCGGAAUGGCGCUUCCGAGCUCAUGGGUCUCAUUUACGGCGAGUAUGCAGGCCGCUCAGACGAGUUCCAGCCUGGUGGUAUAAGCUUCGAAUGUGGCUUUGUACCACACGGUGUUGCCUACGAAGAGUUCAAGGCAGCCAGUGCACAGCCACCACCAGAGAUGCAAAUCUCCAAGGGCGCCAUUGCAUUUAUGAUGGAGAGUUCAAGGAUGUUUACCAUUACCGAUUGGGCGUGGAACAGCAAGAAGAAGCACGAGCAUGACCCCAAGAUGUGGGACAAUCUGGUUGACAACUUUUCGACACACAAGGAUGAGGUGGCCGAUGCUCUGGCCGAGGGCGUGAAGAAGCUGAAGAUUUGA